AUGCUCAAGUGGACGGCAUCGACACAGAGAUUGCACGAGUUGCCACCGCAGGAGUCGCGUGUGGUGCGAAGACAGCGACGACAGCGACGUGCCACAAUUGCCAACAAGGAGAAUGUGCCCAGCGGUGUGGGCUACACAUCGACUCCCAUGCCGUUGGCCAGGCUAAGGAAUAGUCCAUUGGUGUUGGCCCCGCUAAGCGACAUACGCAAUGUGACGCCGGAGUCGUCGCCACAGCAAGCGGCACGAUUGGUGGUGCAGAGUGUGCGCUAUGCCACAACCUUGCCACGCUACGAGGAGGAGUAUUCCCCGAGUGCCGGAACACUGCCGACCGGUCAACAUUUGGCAUUGCGGGGUCUUGUGCCACUCGAUCCGUUUCUGGAGCAACCACGUUAUAUGGCACAGCAGUUGAAGAAACGCAAGCUGGAGGAGGAGUUUGUGGCCACCAUGGAGCCAGCUCAAGAAACGGAGCAGAUACCACAAGCACCAGAACCACAACGACAACAACAACAACGUCCAGUGACACCACAACCCUCGACGCAUAUGGGUGAUCAGACCCUAGACAAGCUCAUCGAUGCCAUACUCGACUCGGCCUGUAAAUCGGAUCCGAGUAGCCGAAAGAAGCCACGUAAAUCGUUCAAUUUGCGUCGUCGCACGUUGGUGAAGCAGCAACUGGAGUCGCAGUGUCAGGUGGCCAUGUUGUCACCAUCAUAUGCAGCCGGCGAUGAUCCAGCUAGUGAUCUAAGCUUUGCUUUAUUGCCACUCCAACCUGCCACACCAGAACCUGCCUCCCCGAUGUCACAGCUGCCACACAGCAUGCUCCUUCAGUUGCCGACGCCACAAGCACAUGGACACUCCGAUACCUUUUGCCUGGCAACACCCGUGCGUCCCCUAAAACGCAGUCGCGGCCAGGAGAAGACAUCAAAGUUGGCAAUAGAAGCAUCUGCAGUUGGGGUUGAAGCUGGAGCUGCCGCAGAGUCGCCACUCAAGCGCUACAAAGUUGAUGCACGCAACUAUUUUGAGGUGGGACUGGCGCUGCCUUCCUCCAUAUAUGUCUAGGGAUCAUAUGAGAAUUGGAGCAUAAUUUGAAGAGUAUGAGAGUGAGAAAG